UAGAGUUAUCGGACUUGGAUGAAAGUGAAAGUAGAUCAUGUGAAACAAAAGAGCUGGUGGACAGAAAUGAAGUCUUCUAUAAUUUUCAUCGUAUUCAUUCAUUUCUAUGUAGCGAUUUCGAUAAAAUAUGAACCGAACUGGAAAUCAAUAGACUCUAGACCAUUACCAGAUUGGUAUGACAAAUCAAAAAUCGGAAUCUUUCUUCACUGGGGCGUUUUCUCUGUACCUGCAUUUGAAAACGCUUGGUUUUGGUUUGAAUGGAAAACGAACAAAGACCCAGCCGUAUUGAAAUUUAUGAAAGACAACUAUCCUCCUGAUUUUACUUAUGCUGAUUUUGCCCCUGAAUUCCAUGCCACAUUUUAUGAUCCUGACAUCUGGGCUGAUAUCUUCCAGGCGUCGGGUGCAAAGUAUGUCGUACUGGUGACAAAGCAUCAUGAAGGGUUCACACUUUGGCCGUCAUCUGUCUCUUGGAAUUGGAAUGCUUAUGAUGUGGGACCACACAGGGACCUUGUUGGUGCCCUGGCAGACUCUAUAAGGAACAGGACAGACAUUCACUUUGGAGUUUACCAUUCUCUCUUUGAGUUCUAUAAUCCUGUGUAUCUUCAAGAUGUGGCCAACAAAUACAAAACACAGAACUAUGUCAGGACUAAGGCCUUACCUGAGCUGUAUGAGCUUGUCAACAGAUAUAAACCUGAGGUUGUCUGGUCAGAUGGAGACUGGAAUGAAAACAGUACAUACUGGAAUGCUACAGAGUUCCUGGCCUGGCUGUACAAUGACAGCCCUGUAAAGGACUCAGUGGUGGUAAAUGACAGAUGGGGGAAGGAUGCUCGGUGUCACCACGGUGGAUUCUGGAACUGUAACGACAGAUACAAGCCUGGGAAGAUCAUAAAACAUAAAUGGGAGAACUGUAUGACUGUUGACAAAAGAGCAUGGACUCACAGAAGGAAAUUGGAUAUAAAGGAUGUAAUGACAAUAGAAGAAUUACUGGCUGAAAUCGCAGAAACGGUUAGUAAGGGUGGGAAUAUCCUGAUCAAUGUUGGACCCACGGCUGAUGGAGUUAUCAUUCCUGUUUUUGAAGAGAGACUCCGACAAAUGGGUCAGUGGCUCAAGGUCAAUGGGGAGGCCAUUUAUGAAACCCGGCCCUGGAUUGAACACAGUGAUAAUGUUACCAUUCAGGGAGUCUGGUACACCACAAGGACACAGGAGAAGGCUGUCUAUGCCAUCGUUACUUUCUGGCCAGAGAACAACCUUCUCUAUCUGGGGAGACCUCGCACCAUGGCCAACACAAAGAUCACUAUGAUUGGUGUGGAAAAUCCAUUAAAAUGGUCAUACGAGUCCUAUGUUUUGAAUAUUCAAUUUCCCGUCUUGCCUGUAAACAAGAUGCCUUGUCAAUGGGCAUGGGUCAUUAAAAUGGAAAAUCUUGUAAACUUUUGAUGAGGCGAUAAAUUUAAAAAUAUGUUUGAAAAUGAGAUUAAACAUCAACUAGAUGUCGGUAAAAUUAAUGAGGCUUAUAUGCUCACAUUUAUUUGUAUAGAUUUUUCAUUUUAAAUUUCAGGAAUGAAACAAUAUUAUUUUUUUUACUUAUUUUAUACAAUAUAAACUAUAACUUUGGGUGGUUUAACUAUAUAAGCUGCUAGAAGUCUUUCAUAAUUUUUGCAUAAUAGUACCUACUUACAAGUGUAAUAUUUUAUAUAAUAGUUUAUUAUAUAAUUGUGUAAUAUUUUAUAUAAUAGGUUAUUAUAUAAUUGUGUAAUAUUUUAACCACUGAACUAUACUGGAUACUGAGUCUACAUGUAAAAUAUGUACACUGUACUUAGCCUUUUCUGUGCCAUAUUUAUUCUGUUUGUGUGUUGGUUCAUGUGUUGCCUCCUUCAUUUUUUGUUGAUCGAUUGUAUUACCUCACACAGAUUUUUCAUUUCAUAGCAUCUUCAUGUACAAUAUACUUGGUUGUAAAGAAAGUUGUGAACUCAUUUUUUCUGCAUAGCCAUAUUGUAAAGUACAUUUGUAAAUGUUAUUUAUAUACUUUUUUAAGAAUCUCUAAGAACACUUUUGGAUUUACAAAUGUACUUUGUAUUUUUAUGUGUAUUGUGUAUUAUUAUCAUGAUUAUAUACAUAUACAUGUAUAUGAUAAAUAUAAAACUGUUGUGAAAACAUUCCAUGAUCGUGCUACACAAAGAAAGGAAUUUUUUAAAUAUGACUUCAGUCUUUUAUUUUUAUAUUCAUAUAUGUCAAAUGUCAAAUGUUAUUUGUUCAAACUUCCCGAACAAAUGUUCAGUACAAUAAUACUUGGUAUAUGAUUCAUGUAUUCAAGCUUUUUUUUAUGAGAAGGAACCAUGAAAGCAAGUUACAAGUUUUGUGUAGCAAUCACAUGUAUAAUGUAUGGAUGUUCUUGAAAACUACACAAAUGAAAGUUCUUAUUAGAAAUUUAA